GUGCCGUACAGUAAACAGCCCAGAGUCGGAAAGCAACAGGAAAGAUUCAACAUCAUCAUCAUCAUCCCGGACCUCCUCUUCCCAGAUAAACUCUCUCUCUCAGAUGUGAGCUCCAGCAGCUGUGAGAGUUUAUCCCAGCUUUCAUGAGACUCCGUGUCUCGGAGCACCGGAAGGAGACGCGGGAGGAGGAGGAGGGUGUGUGUGUGUGUGUGUGUGUUCAUCACAGCAGAGAGAGAGUGAGCGAUGGCCACGGGAGGAAUCACUACACUCCCGGCUUCUCCCGACGACGGGGCGAGCGGAGCCUUUUCUCCCGGGAGCUUCAAGGAGCCCAAACGCCUUUACUGCAAAAACGGCGGAUUCUUCCUGCGGAUCCAGUCGGACGGGCGAGUGGACGGGGUCCGGGAGAAGAGCGACCCGCACAUUCGCCUGCAGCUCCAGGCGACGGCUCUCGGGGAGCUGGUGAUCAAGGGCAUCUGUGCGAACCGAUACCUGGCCAUGAACGCCGACGGACGCCUCUUCGGAUCGAGAAGAACAACAGAUGAAUGCUAUUUCCUGGAGCGCCUGGAAUCGAACAACUACAACACGUACAGAUCCCGGAAGUACCCGGACUGGUACGUGGCGUUGAAGAGGACGGGCCAGUAUAAAUCCGGCUCGAAGACCAGCCCGGGCCAGAAGGCCAUUCUGUUUCUGCCCAUGUCAGCCAAGUGCUGAUCAACCCCAAACCAGACUGACGCGCUCCUCACCGACCCGACACCGAGAUGACGAGCGGAUCCAGAAGGUUAACGGUCAACCGGAUCGCUAGAACGGAAGAUUUUUCACCGCCAAGAUCCGUGUGUUGAAAACGCGCUUCCCUUUAGCAUUUAAAUCUAUGAAGCG